AUGGCCGAAAGCGGGGAGGAUGCCAAUAUGCCUGAGGCAGGCAAUGAAGGGAACAGCCAAGAUCAAGGCGAACAUCAGCCGGAUGUCCAGUCUGAUGAACCCAACGAAGCUGGCUCCAUAAACAGUUCUGCCGCUGUUGCCGAUGUUAACAGCCAAACGAUCCCUAUAACUGUCAUGUUACCGAAUAGCGAGGCCGUUAACUUGAGUUUUGAUCCCAACAUGUCCGUGGGUGAACUUCAAGAGAGACUAAAUGGACUGGGUAUCACAAGGCUCAAUGAAAAUUCAGUUUUCAUAUAUUCUGGAAAGCAAUUAGAUCCAAAUAAGACGCUUUCGGACUACAAGGUACAAAAAAGCAGUACCCUGUACGUGCAUGAAACUCCAACUGCAUUGCCAAAAUCCGCGCCAAAUGCCAAGGAAGAGGGGGUUGUGCCCUCAAAUGCAGGUCUCCAGACAGUCCGAAUUGUGAUGCCAGAUAGGAGCACGGUUGAAGUGCAUGUGGCACCCGGUAUGACGGUUGGAGACCUGAACAAAAAGUUAGCGAUUAAGCAGGGCGUACCUCCGACCUCACAGUGUCUGAUCCACUCUGGAAGCCGGAUGGAUGAGAACAGGUGCCUCAAAGAAUACCAACUCCCACAGAACUCCGUGAUCUUUGUUCACCGACCGAAAGCCAACACUGCUGUUCAGAAGAGGGAAGGGACAAGCAGCAGUUUGGAGGUCACGGUUAGGAUCAGAGAGACCGGUAAUCAACUGCGGCUGCCGAUAAACCCCCGAAGCAGUAACCCCAUGCAGGAAUUGUCGAAGCAGAUUGAGGCAGCCACCCAGAUUCCUGCCCAAGAGCAGGAAGUUCUCUUUAAAGGGAAAUCGGUUGGAUCAGGUGAGAACCUUCUGCAAAAGAAGGAUUUCUUAAAGAACCCGGUUGUGGAGGUGAAGAGACGGAUGCUUGACCAGAUCCAGAUCUUCCUUCGGAAUUUGCAAGGUCAAACAAAGACUAUUCAGUCCAGGACGAGUGCCACCGUUCGCGAGUUAAAAGAAACUGUCCAGGAACGGGAGGGUGUCCCGGUGAGAGAUCAAGUGCUCACAUGUCAAGGUCAGACACUCCAGGAUACGAGAACCCUCAGCCAGAGCAGAGUUGCUGACGGUUCAACUGUCCAGUUAACAACAAGACUGAAAGGCGGUUUUUAA